CACACAUUAAUUGAUAAAAAAAAAAAUUUCAUACAUAUAUAUAUAUAUAUAUGUAUAUGCAAAUAAAUUAAAUAUAAUCAUUUUCAUUAUAAUUAGUAUUAAGACAAUGUCAUCUCGUACAGGAGCUAGGCUUGAUACUAAAAAAAUAAAUUCUGAAUUAUUUACUCUAACUUAUGGAGCACUGGUGGCUCAGCUGUUGAAGGAUUAUGAAAAUGUUGAAGAUGUUAAUAAACAGCUAGAAAGAAUGGGUUACAAUAUGGGUGUUAGAUUGAUUGAAGAUUUUUUAGCAAGAACUGGGUCUGGAAGAUGCUAUGAUUUCCGAGACACUGCUGAAAAAAUUCAGGCUGGAUUCAAAUUAUUUUUGGGUAUAACACCAACAAUAACAAAUUGGAGUGCUACCGGUGAUGAAUUUUCUCUGUGCUUUGAAUCUAACCCAUUGACAGAAUUUGUUGAAUUGCCUGAUACUUGUCUCAAUUUAAAAUACUGCAACGUAUUGACUGGUGUACUUCGUGGGGCAUGUGAGAUGGUACAAAUGGAAAUAGCUUGUUGGUUUGUUCAGGAUCAACUUAAAAAUGAUAAUGUAACUGAAUUAAGAGUUAAAUUUAUUAAAAGAUUAGAAGAUGCUAUUCCUGCUGGUGAAGAUUAAAAACACACUCUAUCUAUAUUUAUUAUACUAUUAUUAUUUUAAUAUAAUAUUAAUUAAUAUAAAUAUAGAUGUAUUAUACUUCUGAAAUCCAAUAAAUGUUUCCUUAUGUAUAA